CAUUUCACAAUUCCACACACAACCAUCUACCCCUCUUCUUUCCUGCUUCAAGACACAAUCAUGUACAUGUCCAGUUAUCCACCGCAGCAACGCCACUAACGAAGGAUUCUUCUCCUCUCACUGAAUCAAGGAUGAAUAAUAUUUGCAAUCUUAAGUUUCACCAUGGUGGUUCAUGGGUUUAUAAUAUACAUUUGGAAUAUCAAAAUGAUGAAGCUGAUGUUAUAACAAAUUCUGAUGUUGAUUUUCUUGACUACGAGAGCAUAAAGAAGUAUGAGAUCGAUUUAAAACUUCAAAACAUAAGGAAUGUUUUUUGUGCUACAGCCUGGAAAGGGGGUUGACACGGGUUUGUUUCUGAUCCAUAAUGAUGUCUCGCUUAGAAGAACCCUGAAAUACAUUAGAAAUAUAUGUGGAUCGUAGAAAUUAUAUGUGCUAGUUUUUUUGUUGGAUUUUAAUGGGCAGCUUUUUUGUAUUGUAAACUGCAUUUAAUACUUUAUAUAUUUCAGUCUUUCUUUCCUUGUUUUUUUUUGUACGGGCUUAUUUUAUUUUAAAUUAGAUAAAUGAGUUUAAUUUUUUUCAAAUGAAAUGCUCCUGGACAUAAGAAAUGAUGUAUUACACUCUUCCGUUUUUUUAAGGGACUCUUCCGUUAGUAAAGUGCCCAGAGUUAGUACUCCUGUUAGUGGAGGGGCCUCAAUUAUCAAAAAACGUAAUUUUUGGAACUAUUUCACCCCAAAAAUAGGUUAAGGUCAU